GAAUGCAGCGCGGGGUAGUACAUCCGGGACACUGCGGUCUCACAUGUCAGAGCACUCAGCUGUCAGGACUCCUUCAUGUGGAGGACUGUAUCACUUAGAAUACAGUGAGGUUUUGGAGAAGACAUGGCGUUGAUGGGGAUCCAGUUGGUGGUCAGCUUGCUGGCUGCCAGUAUCAUGCAGAGGAUGGCUCCUCACUGCUCAUUUGCACGCUGGCUUCUCUGUAACGGCAGUUUGUUCCGGUUCAAACACCCUUCAGAGGGAGAGCUGUGUGCGCUCGCAGGGAAACAGAUGCCUAAACCAAACAGGAGAGACAGGAGGCAGAAUGGAGAGGGCAAACCACUGACUGUGCCGAAAGAUAUCGACCUUCACCUGGACAAGGCCCCAGUCAAUGUUAUGGAUGCCCUUGUGCUGCGCUUCUUCUUGGAGUACCAGUGGCUUGUAGAUUUCGCGGUCUAUGCAACUGGAGUGUUUAUUUUCACUGAGUGUUACUACAGUGUUGUAGAUGCCAGCAAAGAGGUCAACAUUGGGGCCAUCUGGUGUGUUUUGACAGUCCUCUUUGGCCUAAAAACACUUCACACUUUAAUGAGUCACUACUUUAGCUCGGAGGAGGGUGGAGAGCGGUCUGUGUGUCUUGCAUUUGGUUUUCUGUCUUUGCUGGUGGCCAUGUUGGUUCUGGUGGUCAGAGAAGAUUACCUGGAGUUUGGACUUGAGCCAGGAUUCAACAGCCUCUUCAACAACUUGGAAGUCUUUGUGAAGCAGCAGGGUUAUGCCGACUGGUCAGUUCCAGUAACCAAGCUGACAGUGAAGCUUGGUCUAGCUGCUGUGUGUGCCUACAUUGGAUCUCUUUUGGCUUUCCCUGGACUUAGACUGGCUCAGACCCAUCUCGAUGCUGUCCAGAUGAACUCAGAUCGACCAAUAAUCCAGAUUCUACUGCACAUGAGUUUCAUGUCACCCAUCAUUGUGUUGAUCCUGUGGGUGAAGCCAAUUGCAAGAGACUUCCUAGCCAAUGCACCAAUAGGAAAGUCCUCUAUUACAAUCGUGUCCAGUUCAGCAUUUGACAGUAUGCGUUUGGGGAUCAUUGUGGCUCUGUGUGUGCUGCGGUUGGCCCUUACCCGCUAUCACCUGCAGGCUUACCUUAACCUGGCACAGAAGUGGGUGGAGCAAAUGAAGAAGGAAGCUGGACGCAUUGCUGCUAUUGACAUUCAGAGAAAGGUCACUCGAGUGUUUUGCUACCUGACAGUAGUGACUCUGCAGUAUUUGAUUCCCAUAUUGCUGAUUCUCUUCUCCACUCUGGCACUAAAGGCAUUAGGAGACUUCUCAUGGACUCCUGGAGAAGAGCCCACCCCUGGUGUGACCCCGGCUCUGGUCUUACCGACAGCAGCUCCUGCAGUGUCGGGGGUCCUGGAGGAGGAUGAGGAGGGGGUGGACUACAUGGAGGAAGACAUCCAGGCCACAGUGUCCCGCCUGUCUGAAUCCUUCAGUGCCCUUAGAUCUGUCCUCACUCCACUGUUUUUUAGAGGCUUCUUUGCUUUCCUCACCUGGUGGGUCGCUGCCUGUCAAGUCAUCAGCUCGCUUUUUGGCGUCUACUUUCACCAGUACCUCAUGCACAGCUAAAUGUGAUCAAUAUAAGAAUAAAUGGUUAACAAGAAAACCUAACUGCUUAAAAUGCUGUUUACAUAUGCAGCAGUACAUUUCUGAACUCGUGCCAUCCACCACCCAGAUUUUCUUCCCCCCAGAUAUUUUCCACAACUACUACCAAGGGAUACUGCAUGCCAAGAAGGACUAGCUACUACAAGUAUUUGCCAAUACUAUAAUACUAUAUUAUUCAACCAUAGUAACUGAUAAAUUCACAAAGUGCAUUAUUAAAAAUUAAAAUACAAAUGCAACAAAUACAUUUGUUAAUCUUAAAUAUAUUACUCAUCAGUGGCCAUGUUUACAUACAUAUCAAAAAUCUGAUCUUUAUCUGAUUUCAGGAGUUUUCAGAUUAUUGAAAUGUCAUGUAAACAUUUCAAAGUUCCCAUCACACUCAAUGACCAGCAGGCAACUGGUCAGAAAUACAAGUGACUGUGAUUAUUUAUUAAAAUUUUCUACUGCUUUUAAAAUAAGAUGUUUACCAGCAUUUCCAAAUUGCUUGGUAAAAAAAUCUUAAAUGCUGCAUUAUUGCUGUACAGUUUGGUGUGUACUACCUGUUUGAAGUUAAAGACAUUUCAUUGUAAAUGGGUAUUUUUUUUACCCCUGUGUAGAUAUUAUGGGAGAGAUUCCUGAUCUCUCCAAAGAAACCGAUUCAAGAGUGCUAAAAGUUUGUUUUUAAUGUAAAGUUUUAACUCUAAUAACUAUAGGGGACAGCAUGACUGAGUGAGUGUUUCAUAAGUCAGAAUGCCAAGAUGGAUUUUUUUUUUUUUUUAGUUUUUACAAGUGCCUCUAGGCUCAGGGAUUCUGUAUAAAAUCUCAUUUCAUUUUAUUCACAAUUUAUGAUAAUUUUUAUGCUAAAACAAUCUAAGCAUGAGCUUGAUCAAUGUGUAACCUUUAUAAUUUAAUCAUCACAGUUUUGUUUUUAUAUUUAAUGAUGUCUUCACAUUUGUAUUAUCAGUAGUUGUUAAAUAGUUUUGGUUUGUUUGCACUGAGAUUGUGUUAUGAAGUUCUAUUUUUUUCAAGCAUGGUGUGAACUAGGUUAUAAUAAGGUUUUAUUAGUGUGGCAUAAUAAUAAAAAUACAUUUUAUCAUUCAACAACUUGGAGCUAUUAAUAUGUCUCCACUUAAUGCAGUCUUCAGUCCAGAGCGUGGGAGAUCCCUGUGCUAGAGGUGUCUGGACUGACUGACAAAAGUCGUGCAUGACAAUAGUGUCUGGUGGUCUGACCUCUGCCCAAGCCUCCAUGGAAGUUUAUUCUUUAAUCACUUCUAAUUACUAUGAACUCAGUGCUCUCCUGGACUGUGGGAAGAACUGGGUUGUUGAAAAAUGUUGUAGCCUUUGUAUCAAUUCUUCAAUUAAAACAUGAAUUAGGAAAAUGAGUACAAUCUUUUAAAUAAUAUGUCUGAUAUUUUUGUGUUGCUGAGUUGACCCAGUGAAUACAGAUGAGGUGAUACAGUAUAAUCACAAACAACUGAAAAUUAAAGAAAUGCCUUCUAUUGCCAC